CCGCAUUCCUCCACUCUCAACGAGGACUAGUCAGAGCGCGCAUUCGUCUUCACAUACAGAACAUUUUGACCUUUGUCAUGGUUGCUGCAGCAGACUCAGAGAAGACCAAAGUCUUCAGUGGGAAGAAGGUUUCCAAGCCACUGAUGGAGAAAAAGCGAAGAGCUCGUAUCAACAAAUGUCUUGAUCAGUUGAAGACCUUGUUGGAAACCUGCUACUCAAACAACAUUCGUAAACGGAAGCUUGAAAAGGCCGACAUACUGGAACUUACGGUCCGGCAUCUGAGACAUUUGCAGAAAAAUCGCAGUGGUUCCCCUAUGCACACCGACUUUACCGAGUACCAAGCAGGGUUUCGUAGUUGCCUGGCUGGAGUGAAUCAGUAUUUGUUGGUAGCAGACAUGGGCGGGAGCAACCGAUCCGACAUGCUGGCGCAACUCUCUAGCCGUCUUCUUCGCGCAGAUGCGCGCAAUGAAGAUUUCAGCACCACGGACAGCGACUCGAGGAAUCGCCAGUCAGCAGAUCUUGGCGCGCAAAGACUGUCGCCAAAUAUGGCUCUGCGAGCGAAUCAUAUAGUCGUGUCAAGCUGUGUUAGAGGUGCGGCAACCAUCAGAAGUCAUGGAAACGCAGUGAAAACGACAGAGUUACCAGGCAAAGACACUUUUCCUGGAGCCUGCCCGGUUGGAGUGACUGCUGCGAAACAACACAAGGGAAACUGCACUGCUGGUUAUUUGUCCAGAGGCAGUAGCCCCACUGAUGGACAGCAUAUUGAUAAAUACGUCAUGCCCCCCUCUGACUCCUACUGGCGGCCCUGGUGA